ACUGUGUCAUGGCGUAGCACGCUCUUUGGCGUUGGACCUGCCAAUGUACUGAUCAAAUCACUCAGUAAAUUAGUCGUGUAAAUCGGGCAUAAUAUGCAUUUGGAAGUUUCCUCCAAUACUCAGUGUGAUAUCAUAAAACGCGGAAGGACCUGUCAUGGAAAUAAAUAAAAAUCUAAUGUAGAUAUUGAGUAGCCUGGUGUCCGGUAACCAGCGAGCUAGCAUGAAAUAUAGUCUAUAUAGUUAGUAGCGUACCCGUUUAUUUUCUGCAACGUUCACACAGUUCUUAACUAGCUAGCUAGCUGCCUAGCUAGUUAAGCUAAGCUACCCAUUUGUAGGAUUUAGCUGCCUAGCUAAAAGCUAACUAAAUUACGAGCAAGGAGUAACUUAUUUCCGAGCAAUGUCUGUACAUUUUGAGGAAAGAAGCGGCAUCGUCCCCUGUCAGACACCAUGGGGAGUGUGGUAUCAAACGAUGGAAGAAAUUUUUAUUGAAGUAAACGUUCCACCGGGGACGUCUGCCAAAGAAAUAAAGUGUGUCCUCCAGAGCAAACAGAUACAACUAUCUGUAAAGGGACGUGAAAUAUUGAAGGGGAAAUUAUUUGGAACCACUGUUGCUGACGAGGGAACUUGGACCCUGGAGGACAGGAAGCUGAUCCGCAUCGUGCUGAUGAAGACGAACCGGGAAGCAGGGAACUGCUGGCAGUCUCUGCUGGAAGGGGAGUACUGUGCCAAUGCCUGGGUCCAGGACCAGAUGCAGAGGAAGCUGACUCUGGAGAGGUUCCAGAGAGAGAAUCCUGGUUUUGACUUCAGCGGUGCAGAGAUUUCUGGGAACUUCGCUGGGGGUGGGCCAGACUUCUCCAACCUGAAGUGAAGAGACUGGCUUUUAAGAUCUUACACUGGCAGCGACUGGGGGAGAGUUGAGCGACAAGACUAAAGCAGAGAUGCAAAGAAGUCUUUCUUCCGCCGCCCCGUCCCGUCCCGUGGGAGGAAUUAAAAUGUGCCCCAGUUCUGAACACAGCCUGGAAACUUCUGCCAUGGAAUUAUUGGAGUGUUCUGUGAAAACUUUUUUUUGGUAUACUUGUGGGAAGGGGGGGGUGCAGAGGUAAGGUUAAAUAUGCAUUUCAGACAUCGAGUCUCAACUUCACGUUAGUUCAGCAUUACGUGCAAGUCGAUCAAAGCUUCAUUUGUAGUUCCAGUACCACACCACAAGCCUUGUGGGGAAAACAAAAGUUGGCUAAUAUUCUGUAGCCUUUUCAAAGACUCUUGAGGCAAAAAUGCACCCGGAGGAGGAAUAAUGCAGGAUGUAUUUGUAUUUCAGACGCACGUGUCCAGCAUAGCAAGCUCAGGUUUAACUCCUCAGAAUAAACUGAUUCUAUCUAAUUAAAAUGGUUAUGUUUUUUUCCCCCAAUUUUGGAGUGGGAGAAUUGUGUACUUUUUCCAUCAGUAGAGCCAUAUGGCUAUUUCAAAAUUAUUUUUUGCACAUGAAAAGAAUGCGUUUUAAAUGACAACUCCCAUUUGUACAAGAGAUUUGUUGUUACCCUUCAAACUUGACAGCUGUAACAUGCACAUUUAUGCUGUUGCUCUACCACCUGCGUGUCACUACCUGUGGAUUUGCAACAAAUGGCUGUUAAAAGG